AUGGAUCCUCCAGCCAAUGUCGAAGAGCUACCCUUCAUAAUUCAGCUAUUCUUCUCCCUCCGCGGCAGUGCAACGAGACCAGGCGCGCUAAUGGAAUGUGAUGCAAGCCAAUCCAAGCUACAAGUAUGGAGGUGGCCGGUGAACCGCCGCAGGGAGCGGAUCGCACCCUCUGAUCUUAAUGGCCAUCGUGCCACUCACCACUUCCAGUUCCCUGGGUGCUUUUGUCCUCUCCAGAGUGGCGGUGGCGGUUUAGGUUUGAACAAAGAAACCGCAAUCUACAUGCCAACUGGCGGCCCAUACAAGAAUCAGUGGGUCGCCGCCUGCGCUACCCAAGAAUGCCUUUACCGUGUCCCUUUGGCAAUUUUUUACAGGCUGGACGGGUUGGCCAUCAAUCAUUACUCUCCCAGAAUUGUUGGUGACCAUGGUCCCCUCCCCAUCUUUCAUAUCUCUGAGAUGCGGGGACCUGUGCUAUCUUUGCGCGAUAUGAGCCCCGUGGCUCCAACUGAAAUCGACUUGUCAGACGACGGGAGUUCCGAGUCCGAGUCUCAUGAAUCGGACUUGGACUCGGCGAUGCACACACAGGAUUUCGAGUGGCCAGUUCCUCCAAGUCCUAAGAACAGCAUUCAUAUCCGCCGGCCACUUGCUCUUCGUGCAGCCAAUAUUGUAGUCUGGAACCAACCUAGAAGUGAACCGCUUACUUUCUUUGCAAUGAUCCGUGCAAUCGAUUCAGCCAUUCGACCUGGUGUUCCCGUCAAAGACUUUCUCUCUUUAGCUUCCCUUUGCGAGUGUGGUCUUCUCACCUCCCGUAGGGCCUUUCGCGUCCACGAAUGUCAGACUCGUCCCCACAGUCAUCGUCGAAUCGUGCCCCAGCUAACUGUGGCAGAAGUUCUGACCAGGGUAGACUCUGUUCUAAAUCCCGGUGUCCCGAUUGAAGAAUUUUUACAUGUCGUUGCUCAAUGUGCUUGCGGCAUGCUUGUCACGCGCCGUACAGGAUGCGCUCUAGUUUUCGCUCCUCGCACGCGAGUGGAUCUGUCUGAAGCUGCUCGGGCUAGUGCGAACGACCUAGAAGACGAUCCGAAGCGGGGCGUCACAGUGGUGAUGCCGCCGCCCAAGAAACAUUCUCUGAAGCACGGCCCAUGGGAAGCGCCGACCCGAAACGUAGGGACAGCCAAAGGGCACCCAAGCCAAAGGAGAGACGGAAGGACGGCUCUGCACGUCAAGGAGUCGGCUUUGCCGAACGCGCGUGAAGUGGCUUUCCUCACCUUCCGCCGCCACACUCAUGCCCUUCUGUUUUGUGCCUGUUUGAUCUUCUACCAGAACGCUCAGGCUGCCUCUCUUGCGUCUCGGCUUUGCCGAACGCUUCGUUUCAGCUUUGACAAACGUGAUUCUCACUGUUUGCCGAACGUUCUUUCGCCCUUCCUCCUCUUUCCACGCCUCGCUGGAACUCUGACCAAAGUCUAUCUUGUUGUGACUUCGGGGAUUAAUGCCCGUCGUAAUUUGGAACUAAUGACUCAUGCAAAUAGUAAACUGCCAUCGUGCGGUAACGAGUCCAUGCCGCUUGACCGCUCCCGUGGUCGACUGAUUCACGAGUCUGGUGUGGAUUACUAUUCGCCAAAUUGCUCACGGACGAUUCAAGUCCCAAAAGAAACAAACCCCAAUGAGCAGCAGUUUCCUCCGAAUUUGGCAUGGAAAGACUUUACAGAGCCAAGAUGGUGGACAGACACUCAUGGCUGGCUUGCCUUUGUUCCUCGCGAACCAAUGUUAGUCGGUUUUCCUUUCGAUCGCCUAUCUCGCCUGCCACAAGCUUUUACCCCAACACCGGAAGGAAAAUAUGAACUGCCGCGAGAAAUUGUUGCUUCUUGGGAAAGGCUAGAUCUCGAUUUGCUCCAUGCCACCCGAAGACUUCUUGGAGCUUACCAAAUUGCAGCAAUCGCUCCAUAUUCUCCUUCGGCCAAGGGUUAUCGGGCAUCUUACAAGCAACCCCAUUCUAUCAAAAAGGCUGCAAUGCUUUCCCGAGAUUGCUUUUUUGUUUGGAUGGGUUUGCUAUCCUAUGGGGUGGCUCGGGCGGAGUUCUCGCUGGAGGCACAGAAAGAUUAUCGACAGUGGUGCGAAAACCAAGGAAAAGAUGCCAUUCUUGGAGUGCCUGACUGGCGAUCAUUUCUGAAAGAGCGAAGCCUUGAUUACCCGAAUGAAAUUUUCUUUGAUUCUACCUGGGUGGAUGCUAUCUCCGCUUCGACUGUCUGUGACUUUUCAAUUAAUAAUCCUCGGGCGGGGAUCUUCCUUAAGCUACCCAAUCAGGGACCUUCUUUUUAUCAGCCUUCGAUUCGAUGGUUCUGUCAGAGAGGAAUACCAGUCUGGUAUAGAUGGGGUCCUGAAGAAGAUGAAUUAGCCGAGCAAAAUGAAUUCUAUCGAGGUCUGGCACUGUUAACAGACAAUCUGGGAAUUCCAUCCCUGUUUACCAACCCGCGACAUGCCAUUACGCUCGCCUCUGCGAACACUGCACCUGCAAGAUCAUCUGGUUCAAAGCCAUGGCAGCAGUACUUUGCGGACCUUGAAAAAGAAAACCUUGAACGAGCAAAGGUGGAGUCUCCUAAAGACCGUGAGAGGCGACUGAACCGUGAGCGCCAACCACCAACCCGGAGUGCCAGGGUGAUUGAGUGGGUUGAGCCUAUAAAUGGCGGAAACCAGCUCAUUCCUGAGGAAAAAACAGUGGCAGAGCGGGUCGACAUUCUGGAGAUGUAUGAAGAUAAGUACAAACGAUAUGAUUCAUUCAACAAUACAUGGCAUAUUUGCGAAGAGUUUGGAGCCAACCAACCAUCUACCUGGCAGGAGCUGGAGGACUACCGAAUGUUCCUUGGUCACUACACCAACGAGGAGAGAGAGGAGAUGGAACAGAUGAGGUUAACUGAUGAACCCCCUCCUAUUUUAGAUACUCCCCUCCGUGCCCCCCACUCCACCCAUAAAUCCUGA